AUGGUUGCCGGUCCCAAUGUGGGAGACUACUGGCUUACUGCUUUGCUUGCUGCUCUGCUUGCCAUGAUAUUGUCGGUGUACGGCCUGUGGCCUAUCCAUCUCAGCGUGAGAUGUAGAGGGCGAAUUCGAGUCGAGGGCGACGUGAUUAGCGUUCGGUGCCCUGGUUCUGCCGGUUCUACUUCCUCGUACUUCGGUUGCGUUCCCAGCGAAGGGCCUUCACUCACACUCGCAGAUUCGACAGCUCAGGCGACCAUGAGCGGCAGCGUCGAUGGCUCACGGACCGUGGGCGGCGGGCGGGGCGAGUGGAGCGGCGUUGGCCAAGACGCAUCCAGGCUUGGGCCCGUGCUGUUCAUGAGGCUGCUCGGAUCGCUGUACAUGAUCGAGGCCCGGCCCCAAAGAGGGAGAAACAACCCUCCCUUCAACGGACCUGUCGCUGCAUGUAGUGAAGGGGGACCCUCGUGUAGGCCCGUGGCUGCGAUCCCAAAGGCAAGCGCCGAUGACACUGCUCCAUGGGGAGGCUGGAGCUGGCCGAGCUGGAGGAAGUCGCGCUCACUUCACGCGCUUGCUCAAGUCCGACUCACGCGGACAGUAUUCUGGACGUGGCCAAACGCUUGGUGGACUCGUGGAAACUAUGCGGCCCACAGUGUGGAGGUGUACUACAAGCGCGCUCGACGACGCAACCUGUCGAGGGUUCAAAUUGGUGUAGCCUUGCUUGCCUUACAGUGA